CACACAAACAAACAAACAAAGCUCUCAAGCUCUCAAGCUCUCUAGCUUUAUGCCAAGAAAAGGAAUGAGGAAUAUUUUCUUCAAGAGCUCAUCUCCAUCGCCAACUUCUUCGCCUUCUAGAUCUAUCCCACCAUCUUCACCAAGUAGAACUUUCUCUGAAUCUCUAAUGGACGAGAAUUUCGAAAUCGCCGAGUCGCUUAUUACCAAGUGGGAUUCCGACACCUCCUCCUACGCCAAAAUCACCUCUCUCUUCCACGAAGACCGCCACGAGGCCAAACAGUACCUCAACUCUGUCAGAGACUUGCAAUCCGCCAUGCACCAUUUGAUUACGCAAAGCGCCGCCUCCGACAAGCUCGUCAGAGGCCAGAACUUGCUGCAAAUGGCUAUGCAUAGGUUGGAGAAGGAGUUCUACCAGCUUUUGUCGAUCAAUAGGGCGUAUUUGGAUCCCGAAUCGGUUUCUGUCAGCUCGUCCAGAUCGUCGGUGGCGAGGUCGAGUGUUUCCGACUUGGAGGACGACGAGUCGGAGGACGAAUUUGGAGUCGCCGGAAAUUCUAUCUCUGAGGUGGAGCGUGUGUCGGCGACUGCGGUGGCGGAUUUGAAAGCCAUUGCGGAUUGUAUGAUAUCUUCCGGUUAUGGAAAAGAGUGCGUGAAGAUCUACAAGAUUAUACGGAAAUCGAUUAUCGAUGAGGCGCUGUAUAAUCUCGGGCACGAGAGAUUGAGCCUCUCGCAGGCGCAGAAGAUGGAUUGGGAGGUGAUGGAGCUGAAGAUCAAGAACUGGUUGAACGCUGUGAAAGUCGCCGUGAAAACUCUGUUUUACGGCGAGAGGAUCCUCUGCGACCGCGUGUUCUCGGCUUCGGCGUCGAUCAGGGAGUCGUGCUUCGACGAGAUCUCGAAAGAGGCAGCGAUUAGACUCUUUGGGUUCCCGGAAAUCGUAGCAAAGUGCAAGAAAUCCCCCGAGAAAAUGUUCCGAACGCUAGACAUGUACGAAGCUAUCUCCAGUCUCUGGCCCGAGAUCGAAACCAUAUUCUCGGACGAAUCAACCUUGGCCGUCCGAUCGCAGGCCGUCACUUCUCUGAUCAAGCUCGGCGAGGCGGUGCGCACGACGCUCACGGACUUCGAAACGGCAAUCCAGAAGGAGUCGUCGAAAACCGCCAGCCCAGGCGGUGGGGUCCACCCGCUCACGCGUUACGUGAUGAACUACAUCUCUUUCCUCUCCGAUUACAGUGGCGUACUCGCCGAUAUAGUCGCCGACUGGCCGUUAACAGUGCAAGCUCCGUUACCGGAAUCCUACUUCGGGAGCCCCGAGUCAGACGAUAGUCCGAUUACCGUACGGAUGGCGUGGCUGAUCCUCGUCCUCCUCUGCAAACUCGACGGCAAAGCAGAGCACCACAAGGACGUGGCGCUCUCGUACUUGUUCUUGGCCAACAACCUCCAAUACGUCGUCGUUAAGGUCCGCACGUCGAACCUGAAGCUCCUCCUCGGCGACGAUUGGGUGCCGAAGCACGAGGCAAAGGUAAAACAGUACGCAGCGAACUACGAGCGGAUGGGCUGGAGCAAGGUUUUCGCGUCGUUGCCAGAAGAUCCGACGGCCGAGAUUUCCCCUGAGCAGGCGAGGGACUGUUUUAAGAAAUUCAAUGCGGCGUUCGACGAGGCGUACAGGAAACAAAGCACAUGGGUCGUUUCCGACCCGAAACUCCGAGACGAGAUCAAAAUUUCGGUGGCGAAGAAGCUUGGUCCGGCGUACCAGGACUUUUAUGAGAAGAAUCGGGCCGGGUUAAGGAAGUUGGUGGGGUCGGAGGUGUUUGUCAGAUUUGCCCCUGAUGAUUUGGGGAAUUACUUGUCUGAUCUGUUCUUUGGAACCGGGGUUGCUGGGAGUGUUUCGUCAUCUUCUUCCGCGUCCCAUUCGCGCGGUCGGCACCGCGGUUAAUAUUUUGGCCGUCGCUAUCACCGGCCUUGGCUGUUUCAGGCGCGGAUUUUUUUUGUUUUUUGUUUUUUUGUGAAUAAGAAACGUGAAUGUUUGAAUAGAAGACAAAAGAGCGCGUAGAUAAUAUAUAUGACACUGUAUAGAGAGCAUGUACAACAACAAUUCUUUGA